AUGACCCGACGAAACGUCAUUCCAGUCCUCGCGCUAAUCCUCACACUAUUCGUAGUCGCAUUCUUCUAUUCUGGCAUAGACUCCAGCCAGGCAUGGCGGGUUCUACCACAACAUAUCGGUCUAGGAGACCACAUUGGCAGUGACGAGCGGCCACCUCUGAGUACCGGUACCGUCGAGCCCUCGAAAGAUGCGACCAAAGACCCAGAUUAUGCGAACUGGAACCCGACCCCCAUAUUCAAGCCAGGCUCGCCAAUGCCUGCAGAACACAACUAUACCUCGACACUGGUGAUUGCCAAGACGAAGCAUGAGAGUGUUGACUGGAUCCUAGACAAGAUGCCGGAGCAGCAGACAGCCGUCUACGUAGCCGACGACCCCUCCGCACCGCUACAUCCACCCAAGAACAAAGGCCACGAGGUCAUGAUAUAUCUCUCAUGGAUAAUUGACAACUACGACAGCCUCCCCGACGUCGCUAUCUUCAUGCACGCGCACCAGUUGUCCUGGCACAACGACGAGAUCCUCGGCAACAACGCGCAUCUGCUUAUAAGCCGACUCAACCGAGCCCGUGUUUGGAGAGAAGGCUUCGUGAACAUGAGGUGCAGCUGGCAUCCCGGCUGUCCCGAUUGGAUGCACCCGGCAGCAACCGAGCUGGACCCCCAGAAGCAGGAAGAGGUCCUCCUAGCCAAGUCGUGGAGCGAGCUCUUCCCCCUCGACGAAGUACCCACCGUCCUCGCACAACCUUGCUGCGCACAAUUCGCCCUCUCACGAGAACGCAUACAAGCAAAGCCCUACGCGCAAUACGUCUGGUACAGAGACUGGCUAUUCAACACACGUCUGGAAGACCGUCUCAGCGGACGCAUCUGGGAGUACGUAUGGCAAUUCGUCUUCACGGGCCAGAACGUCGUCUGCCCCAAGGAACACAUCUGUUUCUGCGACCAAUACGGCUCCUGUUUUGGCGGCGAAGAGCAAUACGCGAAUUUCAUUGCCCUCAAGAACGAACUCGGGGACCGGGAAAGGGAUCUUAGGGAGUGGGAGGAGAAGCGAAAGGCGAUAGAAGAAGCAACGCGAGACAACGAUCAGACUAAGUUGCAAGAUCUGGAAAUACCCGAGGUAGGGAAAGACGCUGAGUUUAGGCGAGAGAUCGAUCGGCUGAGACCCAUUGUCGAUCGCUUGAAACAUGAUGCUGAAGUGAGGGGACAGGAUCCGAGGAUGAGGGCUGAGGAGUUGGGGAGAGAGUGGCAUGAGGGAGACGGUUUUUAG